CCACUCUCUCAGGCCUCAACGGAUUACAAGUCUGCGAAGUGUGGAAGAAGAGAAAGAGUGUAGGAAGUCGGGAAGUGUGUACUCCACUAUCCACACACACAGUGAGUCCAUCGCCAAAUGCUGUCUUCCGUUCAAAACCCUCGUCUCUUCCUCCUCCAAUGUCGAUUCCACCUCCAUUUCCCGCCAAAACCCCGCCAGUUCCACAGCUCCGCAGUUGUUCGCGCGUCGCAGAUGGUCACCGAGCCCCAACCCCAGGCUUCGACCACCCCACCCUUCUCUGAGAUCCUCUCAAUCCGUAAAUCCCUCCUCUCUCGCCAGAGAAGAGCUGUCGAAAUUGUCCAAGACUACUUGAAUCGGUUGCGACAGACAGAGCCACAAAUUCAGAGCUUUCUCCAUGUUUCUGAGGAUGCAAUGAAGGAAGCCGCAGCAGUCGAUCGAAAAAUCGUGCGGAACGAGGAAUUGGGUCCGUUGGCAGGUGUAUUGGUGGGAGUUAAGGAUAAUAUAUGCACUGUUGACAUGCCAUCGACGGGUGGUUCCCGGAUUCUAGAGGAUUAUCGGCCAGCUUUUGAUGCCACGGCAGUUAAGAAGUUGCGGGAUUCUGGAGCGAUUAUUGUUGGGAAGACCAAUUUGGAUGAGUUUGGGAUGGGAAGCACCACUGAAAGUUCUGGUUUUCAGGUGACUGCGAACCCGUGGGAUACAUCGAGGGUACCUGGAGGAUCAUCAGGUGGCUCCGCUGCGGCAGUUUCUGCAAGGCAGUGUGUAGUGUCUCUGGGAAGCGAUACUGGUGGAAGUGUAAGGCAACCGGCAUCUUUCUGCGGUGUUGUUGGAUUGAAACCAACCUAUGGACGUGUCUCAAGAUUUGGGCUUAUGGCAUAUGCAUCGUCUUUAGAUGUCAUUGGAUGCUUUGGCACAUCCGUUGUUGACACUGGGAUUCUUCUCAAAGCAAUUUCUGGCCAUGAUAGAUUUGAUGCCACUAGUAGUAAGCGUGAGGUUCCUGACUUUUUGUCUCAGUUCAUUUCUGUGAAACCUGUGGAAUCUAAACCAUUAAAGGGGUUGAGGGUGGGAGUGAUUCGUGAAACUCUUGGUGAAGGUGUUGACAUGGGAGUAAUAUCCUUGAUUCAAGCUGCUGCUUCACAUUUGGAGGAGUUGGGAUCCACAGUGACAGAGGUCUCAUUGCCCUCCUUUUCUCUUGGAUUACCAGCCUACUAUAUUCUAGCUUCUUCUGAGGCAUCCUCCAAUUUAUCACGUUAUGAUGGUGUAAGAUAUGGAAAACAGAUUGCUGCUAAAGAACUUACCUCUCUUUAUGGUGAUUCCCGAGCUAAUGGGUUUGGUGCUGAGGUUAAAAUGAGGAUUUUAAUGGGAACAUAUGCUCUUUCAGCUGGUUAUUAUGAUGCAUACUACAAGCGUGCUCAGCAGGUGAGGACCUUGGUUCAAAAAAGCUUCAAGGCAGCCCUGGAUGCAAAUGAUAUCCUCAUUUCGCCUGCAGCACCAUCAACUGCUUAUAAGAUUGGUGAAAAGAAAAAUGAUCCAUUAGCAAUGUAUGCAGGUGACAUCAUGACUGUCAAUGUGAACUUAGCGGGAUUGCCCGCGUUGGUUCUGCCAUGUGGAUUUGUUGAAGGGGGAUCUGCUGGUCUUCCUGUUGGUCUUCAAAUGAUUGGUGGAGCGUUUGAUGAGGGGAGAUUGCUCAAAGUUGGACAUAUCUUUGAGCAGACUCUUCAGGGUUGCAGAUUUGUCCCACCAUUAGUUGCAGAUGGCUUGGCAUGCUAGCCAUCCAUGGAACUUCAUU